AUGUUUGCGCAGAUCAAGGAGGAUAUCCUGCAGGGCGUCGAGGACCGAGGAGCUAUUAGGCCGCCAGCGGCUAUCAACGCGACCUUCGCCCAGUACUUGCGCGUGCUCGAGCUCUUCGUGCCCGAGAGUGGCUUCGUCCACGGCCGCACCUUCCCAACGGACUUCCCAACGGGCGCCGACCUGGCGGUAUUGGUCGCUUUGCGAGCAGGUUUCCCCUUUGCGCAAGCACUCGAGGCUGCACACUUCGACGUGGCGACACGAUACCCAAAGGUACACGCCCUGGCGGCGCGGACAGCCGCCGCGCCAACAGUGGCAGCCUACCUUAGCAAGAGCAAGACCUUCUAUGCGCGCCAUUCGUCCGGCAGUGUGCUAUGA